AGAGAGAGAGAGAGAGAGAGAGAGAGAGAGAGAGAGAUGGGAGGAGGGCCGCCGCACUUCGGAACCAUGGAACUGGAGCACCCCCUGGCCACCCUUCCCCGCGUCCGCGGCGACCGCGACGACGACGGCAAGGAGCGGAGGUCAGGAACGGUAUGGACGGCUACGGCGCACAUCAUCACGGCGGUGAUCGGUUCCGGUGUGCUGUCCCUGGCGUGGGCGAUGGCGCAGCUGGGGUGGGUGACGGGGCCCGUGACCCUGGUGCUCUUCGCGGCCAUCACCCUCUACACCUGCGGCCUCCUCGCCGACUGCUACCGCGUCGGCGACCCCGUCACCGGCAAGCGCAACUACACCUACACCGAGGCCGUCAAGUCCAACCUCGGCGGGUGGCACGUCUGGUUCUGCGGCUUCUGCCAGUACGCCAACAUGUUCGGCACCGGCAUCGGCUACACCAUCACAGCCUCCAUCAGCGCUGCGGCCAUCAACAAGUCCAACUGCUUCCACCGGCACGGGCACGACGCGGACUGCAGCCAGAACACGAGCGCCUUCAUCAUCGGCUUCGGCGUCGUGCAGGCGGUCUUCAGCCAGCUCCCCAGCUUCCACAAGCUCUGGUGGCUCUCCAUCAUCGCCGCCGUCAUGUCCUUCUGCUACUCCAUCAUCGCGGUGGGCCUCUCCCUGGCGCAGGCCAUCUCCGGCCCCCUGGGGAAGACGGCCAUGACCGGCACGCAGGUCGGCGUGGACGUGGACUCGGCGCACAAGGUGUGGCUGACGUUCCAGGCCCUCGGCAACGUCGCCUUCGCCUACUCGUACGCCAUCAUCCUCAUCGAGAUCCAGGACACGCUGCGGUCGCCGCCGGCGGAGAGCGAGACGAUGCGGCGGGCCACGUCCGCGGGCAUCGCCGUCACCACGGCCUUCUACAUGCUGUGCGGCUGCCUCGGGUACGCGGCGUUCGGCAACGCCGCGCCGGGGAACAUCCUCACCGGCUUCGGCUUCUACGAGCCCUUCUGGCUCGUCGACCUGGCCAACGCCUGCAUCGUCGUGCACCUCGUCGGCGGCUUCCAGGUGUUCUGCCAGCCGCUCUUCGCUGCCGUGGAGGGCUCCGCGGCGGCGUGCUGGUGCCGCCGCCCGGCGGGGUCCGCCGCCGCCGCGCGCCUCGGCGUGCUCGGCCGGGUCGUGUGGCGCACGGCGUUCGUGGCCGUCGUCACGCUGCUGGCCGUCCUGAUGCCCUUCUUCAACAGCAUCCUGGGCAUCCUCGGCAGCAUCGCCUUCUGGCCGCUCACCGUCUUCUUCUCCGUCGAGAUGUACAUCCGGCAGCACCAGGUGCGGCGGUUCAGCGCCAGGUGGGCGGCGCUGCAGAGCCUCAGCUUCGUCUGCUUCCUCGUCACCGUCGCCGCCUGCGCUGCCUCCGUGCAGGGCGUGCUCGACUCGCUCAAGACCUACGUGCCAUUCAAGACCAGGUCGUGAUCGAUCUCAGAGCCUAGCAGAUUGUUGCAUUCGCAUCGCAUGCAUGUGUUUGUAUGAUUCGAUCGGCCGUGUGAUGAUACAGCGAACUCGUGCCUCUUUUUAGUGGUGGUGAAGUAGCUAGUGUUCUGCUGCCCAUGGUUCGUUGUCAGUGGCAUGGAACAAAUUAGGUGUCUAUUUGCCGGCCACCGUACCGAAAGAAACUGGAUUUAAGAAGUGAUCAGCUAGUAACUUAGUUAUGCGCGGUUGAUUUUAGAAUGCAAUCAAAUUACGGGGGCUUGUCAUAGAAAGCAUUAUUGCAUUGGAGUCAACCAAUUGUUUGUUUUCCUAGCUUUUUCGGUAAAAUAAAACAUAUCUUGGACGAUGCAGAUGUACG